AUGGAUCGUAAGACAGUCAUCAAAAGCAAACUACAAGGAAUAGAGAGCUAUAACCCUGAACACAUAACAGCACUUGAAGAACAUCUUUCAUGGCAGAUCAUAAAUAAUGAUUAUGAUUUCGAAGCUAAUUUAGCUCUGCUUAGAUUAUAUCAGUUCUAUCCGGAACGUUUCAAUGCUGAGUGUGCGAGGUUAGUGCUGCUGAAGGCAAUUAUAAGCAUGAGUCACUCAGAUUUUACAUUGUGCAAGUACUUGAUUCACCUAGAACAUCUCAGUGAAGAGCCACUUUCACAGGUUGUGGAACUUGGGUUUCUCCUGGAGACCUGUCGGUUUUCUGAGUUUUGGACGAAAGUUAAAGAAAACCCCAAAGUUUUUUCUGCUAUCCCUGGAUUCCGUGAAUCUGUAUGUAGAUUUAUUGUCCAAAUUAUAUCUCAAACAUAUCAACGUAUAUCAAAACCCUUAUUAAUGAGCUUUUUGGAUAUGUCAGAGAAUGAUUUAAAACAAUUUAUUAAACAAUUUGAAUGGUCCGAAAUCACUGAUCAUCAUCAUCAACUUAUCUUAAUUAAUAAUCAUGAAGAGAAUAUUAAAUCAAUACAAAUACGUGAACGUGUCAAUUUCGAUUCGAUCACAUCAAUGUCCGGUGCAUUUAGACCAUCAAAAAGUGAUUUUUUCAUUAAAACCAACAUACAAUCAUAA